GGACGGUUUGAACUUCACAGAAGACCUAGCCCUUCUAUUCCAUAAAGACCAACAAAUGCACGUGAAAAUAUUCAGUAAAGCAGCCAUAUCUGCAUCAGUAGACCUCAACUUGCACAUUGGAAAAAGCAAUAUCUUGAAAUACGACACGGUGAACACCAACUCAAUCACACUUGAUGGAAAUGCUCCGAAAAAUGUGGAAUCUUUAACGUACCUUGGAAGCAUCAUCGAUGAACAAGGAAGAUCUGUUGCGGAUGUGCAGGCAAUGAUUAGCAAAGUAAAGGCAGUAUUCCUACAGUUGAAGAACAUAUGAAACUGGAAGCAACUGUCAACCAAUAUCAAAGUCAGAAUCUUCAAUACGACCGUCGAGACUGUUCUGCUGUACGGAGCUGAAAGUUCACGAACUACUACAACCAUAACCAAAAACAUACAAAUAUUUCUGCGUAAGAUACUCAAUGUCCGUUGAUCGAAUAACAUCAGCGACAACCUACUGUGGCAGAGGACGAAUCAGUUUUCGUCUGAAGAGGAAAUCAUGAAAAGACGCUGGAGGUGGAUAGGACAUACAUUUAGGAAAUCAUAAAACAGCACCUCAAGGCAAGCGCUAACUUUUAAUUCGGAAGGGAAGUAGAAAAGAAGAAGGCCAAAAAACACAUUAUAUCAGGAAUUGAAAGCAGAUAUGAAAAGGAUGAAUAGCAACUGGAAAGAAGUGGGAAGGAUUGCCCAGGACAAGGUUGUAUGGAGAGUGCUGAUUAGCGGCCUAUGCUCCUCUACGAAGGGUAAUAGCCCUAACUAAGUAAGUAAGGAAUACAAGUCUUUAAACUGCACCAACUAAAGACACCUUAUUUUAUAACAAACGUCCCAAAGAUCUAUAUAAUGUUAAUAACAAUGCAUUUUGCAAUUUAAGCCCAUUGCAUGCAUGGACAACUCAAAUAGAUAUACAGAAGCGACAUGAGACAUGAUAGCAAAUGUGUUGAUUUAAGUUGUCACGGUUUACAAACAACAAGAAGUAUAGAGAUCAACGGGGAAAGUGCUUCUAAAAUUAUUAGAAAAAAAACGUUACAAAUGUGCACAAACGAAAAUCUUUUCAAAUAAAGCAUCUUAACUGCCAAGGUUUGAAAUAGAGUACUAUCGAUUAUUGGAUACUAGAUAUCAAAUCAACACGUCACUAUUCUAAAUAAAGCAAUUGUUGUGGGCAUUCUUUUGAUUGACAGGUGUAUUAGUCACAGACUAAUUCCAGUCAUCUAUUUUUGCCUAUUACUCCAUGUCUAGUUUCAACAUUGCUGACUCGGUGAUUCUACCAUCACCAACAAAUCGUAGAUCACCAUCACAAUGGCACCAAAAAUACCCUAGCUAUUCUGGCAUUCACUAUAUGUAAGUUGAUUUAAUAAGUCACACCACCACCAGCACUCACACAGCCACUAAAUCACAAAUGUAUCGUCUACCGAUGGCUCACUAUCAAGGGUGAGUUCAAGGACAAGUUCCUCUCAGUUUUCUAAAAUCACUUUGGAUUUGGGAGGUAGAGAUUACCUGCCGUAGCUAUGGACACUGACUGGCAAAUGACAAGUCGCAAUUUGUAUAACUUGAGUAUCGUUGCACAGUAAGACAAUAUCACUCACAUAGUGCAGAUCAAGAAUUAUCUCUUUAGGUGACAGUUCUACACUAUCACUAAUUCGUUCCACCGGAGUAGUUUCCAGAAUAUUAUCGACAUCUAUAACCAAAAUAUAUAACAAACUUAAUAAAUUAUAUGAUUGCUCUUAAAGUGUGAUUACAUUUCAAAGAUGUUUGAAAAAAAUUGUUUUAUGUAAUGUACGAACUUCAACAAAUUAAGCUCUUGCGUACCACACUACUAGGUAAUUUCCAAGUUUUUAUAACAGCCUAAAAUGGAUUACUUUAAACACAUCUAGAAACGUGUAAAUUAAAAAGAGAUAGUUUAUUAACAGGACUAAUUUUAAAAUUCCUUGGCGUUUCACUGAUCAGUAACUACUACUAUAACUGUUUUAAUUCACUGAAUUCUGGUUUGUCUUCCUUAAGAUAAAAUGCUAUUGAAUAUGGGGGGAAAGUGAAGAGAUAUAUUAAAUAACUGGUUUUUUAAACCACUGAUUUCGUAAUUAAAAUGUCUUGUUAAAUGUUCUUUUACGUACAUAACUUUAAAAAGUUUCUAAAAUAGUGCUAUUUCGAUAAAAUGGUAGAUCUAUAUUUGAGCUACAUGGAUUAUUAAAAAUGAAUAUACAUUUAUUACGGACACAAGGUUAUUCCCUGGUUCUACAUUUGACAUCCAUGCUUCAUACGUUUUUAUCAUCGACUCAUUUAAAAAUCAAAAAUUUUGUUAGUAGAUUUUUUAACUAGUAAAUUAUAUUGCUACAGAAAUAUAAAAGCGGCGUAGUGUAAGAUUAUUAUCCAUCACUGGAAGCUAAUUUAUUCAGAAUUAGAAAAAAAUUCUCUUAACCAUUGUGGCCUCUUAAGAAUAAGCUUCAAAGAUUAUAUAUUUUUUGAUGGUACGUGUAAAUUUGACACAAAAUUUAUGUCGUAAAAUCGUUAUGUAUUUACAUGAAAAUGCUCUUUAUUAACAUAGAUUACUUAAAACGAAACAAUUAAUAUACGCUACUAACUUAGUUUCUUGAGUGAGUUUUUCGUUUAAAAGCCCGUCUAAAACGUUGGUUUCUAGUAGUUGACAAGUUUUUGUCCAGUUGGUUAGCAUGUUGAUUUUGGAGUGAUAUUAUGAAAAAGGGUAGUAAUUUACUCGUCUCACUCUAUUUAAAUUAAAUUAGAAUCUAGAGGUGAGAAGUAUGCUAAUAAAAAUAAACUUUUUGAAGUUUAUUCAAUCACAAUUAUCAUACGAUCAAAACUAUUCAACAGUGUACUAGUGUGAAUUCAAAAAUAUGAGUUAAAAAAUAAACAAUGCAGUUGUGACGAUUCGAGUCCUUCCGUUGUUGGUGUUAAGGACCGCGAAUUUUCAGUUUCCUGUGGCAUACAUGCAUGCUGGGUGGAUUAAUAAAGUAAUUAAUCUUUCAAAUACUUUGAAAAGCCAUGUGGUCUUAAGUUUAUGUACAAUUAACUUUAUCAUUUAUAUAAUCUUAAAACUUCCUAUUUAAACAACUCAAAUGUUACUGACGGAUUCUCUGUUUCCAAGGUCGUAACUUUCCUAAUCGACCUACAUAUCAUUUAGUAUGUGAAGCCAAAUUCAAUAAUGAAGUUUUAUCAACUGAUCCAGUUGAACAUAAUGAAGAACCCCAAUUUGAACAGGAACUUGCUUGGGAUUUAGAUAAAACAAGUUUAAAACAACAUCGUUUACAACGGAGUGCAUUGAAAGUGACGGUAUCCGCUGUUGACAGCCAAUCACCAGUUAAAGAACCAAUUGGAUUUUUCAUGUUAGAUUUACGUUCAUGUUCUACUGAAAAAGUGAAUAUUCUUUUAAUCUUGACUCAUACAACUUUACUAAUGUGUUUUAAAAGGUCUACAAAUGGUAUCGAAUUCUGCAUAGUAAAUAUAAAAGCAGUCCAGCUGUAUUUGCUUCAAUUUAUUUAGAUAUUGAAGGACAAGAACUUGUUCCAAAUCCAAAAAUCAAAACAGGUUUGGCGAUGAGCCUAUCAGAAGCUGAUUUAAUACCUCGUGUUUAUAAUUCAGAAGAAGACAAUCAACUCUUUUCAAUACCUACAACAAUGGCAAAUAUACAAUCAACAAAUAUCACUUGGUAUACAAUUGGUCCAAGGCGUUUAGCAAAAGAAUAUUUUAUGUUAACUUUUCAGUUUGAAGAAGCUUUUAAAUUAGAAUCAUUAAUUCCAAUUGAACAAAGUUUAUGUUCAGGUGAACAUAUUGGUGGAUUUCAUUUUACAUGUGAACUAUUUGGUAUUACAAUUUACUCUAAUCAAUUUAGUCAAUUAAUGCAAGUGAAAUUCAAUCCAAUCGAACAAACUUUCUAUAUUAAAUCAACAGUUGAUAUUCUACGUAUUUAUUUUGUGCAUAUUACUCCAUUAGUGAUCAAAUUUUGUUUUGGAAGUCAUGUAUUAGCACAUGCAACUGUUCCAGUAGAACAACUAAUACCGUUCAAUGAUCAUAUACUACAGAAUACUGCUGUAUUAAAUAGAAGUUUUGACCUUAUAUCCGAAGAAUCUGACCAACAAUUAAAAGAAUAUCAAAGUAAGCAUACUGAAGAUAAACCACGUGUCAAUAUAAACAUAACACUUCGACGAUACCCUGAUAAAAAUGCAAUACAACAACGAUCGACCAUGACAAAUAAUAAUAGUAGCAGAAGAUUGCGCAAUAUGACAGAUUCACUGAAUCAUAUUUCUUCACUGAAUCUCGAUCCAUAUGCAGAUGUAAAUACAAUGAGUUCGAAUGUAAAUGAAAAUUAUGAUCAGUUUGUAACUUCGUUACCGGAGGGAAAAACACUUAAACAAUCCAGUAGAACACUUGAACGUGAUGACUAUUUAUGUCCAUCAAAACUGCUGAACGUUUAUCAGUCAAUCGAUGGUACACCCAAUUGGCAUCGUUAUUGUUACACUAUUGAACUAAGAAGUGUAAAAAAUAUUCAAGGUUUCGACCAUGAGUUACAACUUUACGCCAGAUAUGUAUAUCCAUUGUUUGGAAGUGGAGCCCCAGUUAUGACACUUCCACCGAUUGCCGUAGCCAGAAAUCAAGAGGUUAUUCUUCCGCAUGGGUUUUGUGCUUUCGAGUUUGCUGCAUCGCCUGAAGAAUUAAAAACUCGUCUUAAUGACAAUCCAUUGAAAGUGGAAUUUUUCGAUCGAUCACAAGGUACUUUAGCAACAGAUUCCUUCAUUGGAUAUUCCCUUAUACCUUUAGUAUCAGUCUUUGAAUCAUCAGUUGUUAAAG